AUGUUGAAUAAGGAAGACAGCGAGCCCUCUGACUACCAAAAAAAGUUAUCCAUGACUCGAUCUUUUCUCGUCAACUCCGCAGAGAAAAGACAGAAAAACGUUGAAUCAUGCAGCUCAACUGUUCAACCUCAACAGUCUCAAGAAACACGAUGCAAAAUCAAUUUAGACAACUUUAGUAAACUCUAUCUCACAGCCCUACCUUACCAAGCUGAAAUCAUGGUACACAUCCGUCACUUUUCUGAAUCUAACGGAUUUCAAUUCCCAACAAAGAAAGGGGUUGUCUUCCCCUUACCCCGUUGGCUGAAAUUUGAAUGUCUCCUGGAUGAGAUUGAAGAAUAUCUACAGAGCCAUAGGAGCCAGGAAGAUGAGAUGAAGUGGCACAUUGGUGGUGGUGUCUACGUUUCCCUAUCCCCCGAUUUCCCAACGGUAGACAUUAGACACUACUGGAAACCAGAUGAUGCAAAUGAACCAAUUCCAACAAAGAAAGGGAUCACAUUGAACAGAGUUAAAUUUGAUAGACUUAGAUCCGCAGUGUAUGAAUUACGUUAG